CACACAGACACAGAGGCAGGGAUGGAAGACUCUGGGCCUACACUGGCAUCUGGGCCCACUUCUAAUUCUAAUUUACCUAUAAUGGAGGAGUCUAGUGCCAAACUGUUCUGCUGCCGCUGGGUAAGGCACAGAAUCCCCCUUGCACAUAGAGAGGAGCUAUACCACAUUCUCCGGAUGACUGGACCCUUGCUGCUGUCUCGAAUCCUAAACUACCUGCUUCCGUUUGUCAUCACUAUGUUCUGUGGUCGCCUGGGGAAUGCGGUGUUGGCUGGCUAUGGCCUGGCCUGCGCGACUAUUAAUGUUACGACUGCAGCAACAGGAGGUGGACUUGCCUUAGCAUGUGACACUUUGGUAUCUCAGACAUUUGGUGGUAAGAACCUGCAGCGUGUGGGGGUGAUUCUCCAGAGGAGUGUGUUGAUCCUACUGCUCUUCUGUCUCCCCUGCUGGGCCAUGCUCCUCAACACCCAGUCUAUCCUGCUGGCUCUGGGCCAGGAGCCUGAAGUGGCCAGAAUAGCACAGCUGUAUGUCAUCGCCUACCUACCUGCAGUACCAGCUAUUUUCCUGCAUCAACUUCAGGCUUCUUAUCUCCAGAACCAGGGGAUAUUUCUGCCUCAGAUGUACACAGCAGCAGCGGCCAACAUCGCCAACGUGGUGACAAACUAUAUCCUGCUCUACUGGAUGGACCUGGGAGUUAUAGGGUCUGCAGCAGCUAAUACACUCUCCCAGCUCUACAUAUGUUCCUUCUUGUUUGCUUACAUUUGUUGGAAGAAGCUACAUGUGAAAACAUGGGGAGGUUGGACCACAGAAGCGCUACAGGAGUGGGGCUCUUAUAUGAAACUAGCCAUCCCCAGUACACUGAUGCUAUGUUUCGAAUGGUGGAUCUAUGAGCUUGGGGGAUUCCUUGCAGGCAUGCUGAGUGAAGUGGACCUGGCUGCUCAACAUGUGGUCAUAAUGCUGGCUUUCAUCAACUACAUGUUCCCCAUGGGGAUCCAGGCUGCAGCAUGUGUUCGUGUGGGGAAUGCUCUUGGGGCCGGAGACACAGCUGGGGCCAUCCUCACCAGCAAGGUGUCCCUCGCCCUCUCAGGUUCAAUGGCAGUAAUUCAGGGAAUUGUGCUGAUCUCUACUAAAACAGUGAUAGCCUUCAUGUUUACUUCUGAUGAUCAGAUCAUAGAUCUGGUCUCUCAACUCCUCAACGUGUACUGUGUCCUUCAGUUCUUUGAUGGGCUAGUGUGUGUGUGCAUGGGCAUCAUCCUGGGCACGGGCAAACAGAAGAUAGGAGCGAUGGCUAAUCUUAUCACCUACUACUGUGUGGGUCUUCCACUGGGAAUCUCUUUGAUGUUCACAGCUGGCCUCAAGGUCCUAGGGUUCUGGUUAGGCCUGUUCAUCUGUGUAAUUCUACAGUCCACUUUCUUCAUCACCGUCAUCUUCAGGCUCAACUGGAAGAGAAUGACAGAGAAGGCUGUGAAACGAGCUGGAAAGGCUGGACAUAUGGUGAGGAAUAUAGUUGCACCUGACCACACAGAGAACAGUGGAAGUACAGUGAAUGGAUACAUUUCAGUGAGUACUGAGGGCCAGGAAGACCUCAGGGGAAGCAAUGGGACCCCAGAGGUGAAGAGGGAGGAUGGGAGCCCCAGUGGACUGCUCUCCACCACCCAGCUGGUCCUAAGGAGAGGUCUCACUGUACUGGCUGCCAUUGUCAUCCUGGCUGUGGGGACCAGUGUACAUCUUCUCCUGCCUCUACCAAUCAGCUCAUGGAGCAAUCUGAGUGUAGACUGGAGCAACACUACCUUUACCACUACCUCCCCCCCUGAACUCACCCCGUCAACAGUUCUCAUCUAGGAGAAAUACCUGGGGGACAAACAGACCCUGUAACAAGACAAUAGAGGUGCUGUCAUAGACAUGCUGUGUCAGUGAAUCUGUUAUAUCACCAAUUAUUACACCUGAAACAGCCCUUUUCUUCAAUCUAGAGCCAUAGUCAUUUUGCCUAAUUCUGUGUAAAAAAAACAUUUUUUAAAGUAUAUUUUUCUGCAUAGGUUAUCUAAGCAUACCUCUUUACCUGUUCAAUUGUCAUUUUAAUUAAUGAUGCACAUUUAGUAAUUGCUUGCUUUUCUAAAAAAAAAAUGGGUUCCAAAAGGGUUCUGCAGCUGUCCCCCUAGGAUAACCCAGGGUUCUACCUGGAACCAAAAAGGGUUCUACCUGGAACCAAAAAUGGCAAAAAGGGUUAUCCUAGGCGGACAGCCGCAGAACCCUUUUGGAACCCAUUUUUCUUAGAGUUUAGUUAUGAGGUUGGGAACCUAUCUAGCUGGCUAGCUAAAGCCAACUUCAAGAAGGAAUCAAUAGGCUACACAGUUUGAUUAAAUUAAUUUACAAACAUACCCUUCUGCCCAUCACUGGCAGCUAGAAUCAAAUCAAAUGCUGUGUGUGUCACUCUACACUCUCUCUCUCUUAUCCUCCACUGAUGAUAUUGCACACACUAGAGUUUCUAGCUUCCUGCCUAAGUAUAUCUUUCCUCUGUGCACCUUGGAAGGAAACACUUAUGAGGAAGAAUGGGGGGGGGGGUAUUGGUUCAGUCGGUGUGCCCCCACCGCAAAAUACCGCUGACAGAUCUUGUUAUAAAUAAUUAGGAUAAAA